GGGUUAUUUUGUAAAAUAAAUUCGGGAAGAUGUGCAGACAACAGUGGUUCUCGUUGCUUUUAGCUUUGCUGCUAAUUUACUGUGGUCUCGGUGCCAGUACAGUAAGCAUUGCGGGAAACGAUGACCUGUGUAUGAAAUAUUUACCGUCAAACUGCAAUGAAGCAGUUCAUUCGGCGGGGAGCAAAGCUAAAAGUGGUAUAUAUAAAAUUGGAUUGCCACUGCCACAAGGUGCUGUUAAAGAGUUCUAUGUUAACUGUUUGCUGGAUCCAUUGGGUGGAGAGGCCUGGACGCUAAUACAACGACGACAGGACGCAUCUAUACACUUUCAUCGUGGCUGGGAAGAGUAUAAGAACGGCUUUGGCAACUUAAAUACGAAUUUCUUUAUUGGUCUCGACAAAUUACAUGCCCUAACGGAAUCACAGUUGCAUGAACUAUGGAUUGAGUUGAAGGACUUCGACGAUGUGAAAAGGCAUGCCAUGUACGACAGUUUUGCCAUUACAGACGAGAGCCAAAAAUAUGCAUUGAAUAUUUUAGGCACAUAUUCGGGCACAGCAGGUGACGCUUUAACUAAGGUACACGAUGGCGCCAAGUUCAGCACAAUCGAUCGGAAUAAUAGCGAGCGUGGUUUCGAUUGCGCAGCUUUAUAUAAAGGCGGUUGGUGGUAUGGAAAUAAUGAUUGCCACCAUAGUAACUUAAAUGGACUCUACCAUAAUGGCUACUUUGAUACUUAUGCUGAAGGUAUAGUUUGGUCGAAUUGGCGUGGAUACUACUAUUCUAUGAAAUACGUUCAUAUGGCAAUUAGACCGAAAGAUCUGCGUAUCGCCCUUAUAGGAAGACAGUAGAUUCAAGCACUCUUUUAACCCGGAUUACGUCACCGCAACAUUCUAAACCCAAACCAAACAAUGACGCCAAGCUGCAGGUCUGUUCGUCAGCACGAAGUCAACCAAACUAAUAAUACGAGUAUAUUUAGAUAAGUAAACAUUAUAAUAGAAUAUAAGCGCAUAGUAAAAAAACUAUACAGCAGAAUGUCAAAUAAAGUGAAAUGAU